AUGGCCGGGCCGCGCCGGGCCCGCGCUCAGCGCCUCGGAGCCCGCGAGCGGGAGCCGCUGCCACGCGCCGCCGCCUCGCGCACACCCGGGGAGGGGGGCGGGGCGCCGCACCACCUCCCACCCGCCGCCCGCCGGCCAAUGGCGGCCCGCGCCCUCGCCGCGUCGCUCUUACUACGCCGCCGGCGCGGCCAAUGGCAGGGCGGCGCGGCGCGGAGUCACGCGCUCCUGACGCGCUGUCCCGGCGCCGCUCCGCGCGCUUCGGCGUCGUUCCGUACCGCCGUGCUCCGACGGAGACCCGGCGCCGAAGGGCCGGUGCUGCUGCCGUCAAAUUCCGCGUGUUCGGCCGUGAAGGCGUUGUCCAAAUCGGAAACAUGGAUGCGGCACGCUGCAGCGGAAAGAAACCGUGGUGGCCGAGCGCAGAGCCAGCGAUCAGGAGGAUGGAGUUCAAACACGGAGCUGAUCCCACAUGCACUAUCUGCAGCCCUCAGCUCACCGGAGCGAUGUACCCACAUUUCAUCAGGCAGCAGCGGACCAGCCUGGAUAUUCUCAGAAACCGCAGACACAUCGAGACUCCAAGUCACUCAGCACCAGGAGCACGAUGCAGCUGCAGCCGAUGCCCCAGCACAGCCAGCUCCCUCCUGCCACUCUGACUUUUUCCCAAAGGACUCAGAUCCCGAGACACCAGGACCUGGAGCAUAUGAUGUAGACAUGGGCUAUCAAGCUUGCUUACCCAGCUCCCCCAGCAUCACCAUCCAAGGAGUCAGGAGGCCAAAGAGACACGAAACCGGACCCUUUGCAACGCUCUGAGCCGGACUACAGAAUUCCACCCCUAAAUCAGGAUUUGCUCCCCUUCAGUAAUGAAAGAUGCACAGGAGUUCACCUCAAUCUGAGUCGUCUGUAUUUUUUCUAGUCACCAGAAAACCCCCAUCUCCUCUGACUGAAAGCAUGAGAAAAGCCUGAGCAAAGAACCUACACCAGAGAAACCCACACUGCCACCUAAGCCAGAUGUUCCCACAGCUGGGUAAACAGGGCCAAGCUCCAUCCCAUCAGGCACAAAUGCUGCAGACUUGAGGACAGACCUGGACAUACAGCCCUAUCCAGCAUUUUAUUUCUAUCAGUGCCAUCAGAGCACAUGCAGCUCCUCCCAGAGGCAGGUAGCCCAGUUAUUUCCAAGCCUUGGCAGCUGCUGGGACACCACAGCAGCCCCGGCUGUACUGACCUGGGGAAGCUGACCUCCUACAGAAGCACUUACCCCAGUGAAGGGCAGUCAGAGCCGUGUGCAAAUCCAGCAUUGACAAGAGCUCACAGAAAGCUCUCCACAGAAGUCAGAGGUGUUUGCCCUCUGCACAUGGGACAUGCACAUACUUCUCUAAGCUCUGCAUCACAGCAAGCAAUCAUCAUGAGAAUCCUUCAUCUUUAACAUCUGGACAGGAACCAUCACCUUGGUACUUCUGCACAGGGCAGGCAGAGCCCACUUACACAGAACUGGACAAGGACAAAAAAAUA